CCAGUUCUUCCUUCGUACAGUCUUUUUCUUCUGCUCUUAUGCGCGCGUGAGAGUACAGUCUUAAAAUAAAAUAAAAUCAAAAAUCAAAAUCUUUGCUACAUAUCUUUUGGCUGUAUCCGUAUAUAUGUUGUUUCUUCCUAUCAGAAACUCAGAUUUGUUUUUCAAUGGUGGAAGAAGACAAGUGAUGGUUCUGUCUCUUGGAGUUUAGUUUUUUAUGAUUCAUACAUCUGAAGGGGACUACAAUCACAUCUCUUGUUUCUUUCUCUGUCUCUAAGCCCAAAUUUCAUUUUCACUUCUUCUUGCUUUUGAGAUCAGUUUAAAUUUGAUUCUUUUGGAGAUGGGAUUUGAAGACAAGAAAAUGCAGAGUAAGAGGCACAAUCGUUCCAAGAGCUGGACUGUUCCUGAAAAGAAAAAGCUUGAAGAAGACAAUAAUAAUAACACUGUUCCUUCUCUGAAUUCUUCUCAACGCUUCAAGCUGGACUUACCUCGUUGCUGUGAUAAAUCUGUUGAAACGAAGAAGGAAGUUAAAGUUCAGAGCUCUCUUAAGCAAGAGAUUCAAGAGCUUGAGAAGAGACUACAGAACCAGUUUGAUGUCCGUGGCGCUUUAGAGAAGGCAUUAGGCUAUAAAACACCUUCUAGAGACAUCAACUCCAAGGCCAACUCUACUCCAAAGCCUGCAACAGAACUGAUCAAGGAAAUCGCAGUGCUAGAGUUGGAAGUUUCACAUUUGGAACAGUAUCUUCUAACUUUGUACCGUAAAGCGUUUGAUCAACAAUCAUCUUCUGUAUCACCAAAACAACAGACUCCUAGUUCACCCAAGUCCACUCUCAGAGGGAAACGUCUUGACUUCUCAACAGCACCUGAACCUCGGUGUAUCUCCUUUGACCACAGACUUAAGAAGAGCCCAUGUUUGGUCAAGAAGGAACCAGAUUCUCCUAGCCUUAGCUGCAGACAAGAUAACUUAGCCAUGGAACCUAGGUGUUUCUCCUUUGACAGUAGACUAAAGGAACCUGGUUCUGCUGCUAAGAAACCCAACUCAACAGUAGAAUCUCAGUGCUUCUCCUUUGACAACAGACUCAUGCAACCUGGUUCUGACGCUAGAAAACUCAUUCAAGAAAGCUCAACAAUCGAUUCACGGUGUUUCUCCUUCGACAAUAGGCUGAAAGAUCAGUCCCUUUACGAGGAAGAGGACAAUGAUUCAUGUGUUCGCCGUUGCCAGUCUACUCUUAACCAACGCUCCACCUUCAACAACCGAAUAUCUCCACCAGAAUACAUACACAAUGGGUCAAACACUGCAAGCCUUGCAGAACACAUGGGGACAAAGAUAUCAGAUCACAUAUUCAUGACACCAAACAAGUUAUCAGAGGAAAUGGUAAAGUGUGCAUCAGCUAUAUACUCCAAGCUCGCAGACCCUCCAUCGAUAAACCACGGUUUCUCAUCACCAAGCUCAUCUCCAUCUUCAGCAAGCGAGUUUUCGCCUCAAGAACAGUAUGAUAUGUGGAGUCCAAGCUUCAGGAAAAACUCUGCUUUUGAUGAUCAAUUCGAGUUCAGUGGACCUUAUAGCUCAAUGAUUGAAGUAUCACACAUUCAUAGAAACCAUAGGAGAGGACGUGACCUUGACUUGAUGAAUAGAAACUUCAGCUUGAUGAUCAAGCAGCUGGAGAGUGUUGAUCCGAGAAACCUGACUCAUCAAGAGAAACUAGCAUUUUGGAUUAACAUACAUAACGCACUUGUGAUGCACACAUUUCUGGCAAAUGGGAUUCCACAGAACAACGGGAAGCGGUUUUUACUGCUCUCCAAGCAAGCUUACAACAUAGGAGGCCGCAUGGUAAGUGUAGAAGCGAUACAAAGUUAUAUUCUUCGCAUUAGGAUGCCUCGUCCUGGCCAGUGGCUGAAGUUAUUACUCAUUCCAAGGAAGUUCAGAACGGGAGAUGAGCAUCAAGAAUACUCCCUCGACCAUUCCGAGCCUCUCUUAUACUUUGCUCUUUGUUCAGGCAACCAUUCAGAUCCAGCGAUUCGUGUUUAUACCCCCAAGGGAAUAUACCAAGAGCUAGAAACCGCGAAAGAGGAGUAUGUUCGUGCAACGUUUGGGGUAAAGAAAGACCAGAAGCUAGUCUUACCAAAGAUCAUUGAGUCUUUUAGCAAAGACUCAGGUUUGAGUCAAGCUGCAUUGAUGGAGAUGAUUCAAGAAUGUCUCCCAGAGACAAUGAAGAAAAGUGUAAAGAAACUUAACUCAGGGAGGUCAAGAAAGAGCAUUGUUGAGUGGACGCCACAUAGUUUCGUGUUUCGGUAUUUGAUAGCCAGAGAACUUGUUAGAUGAAUCUAUUUCUUUGUAAUGUUAUUGGUGAAGUGUAUAGAUGUAUUUAUGUGUGUGUAGAGGGUAGAAAUAGAGUGGAAAAACUGCAUGCCGUUUUUUGGUUACCAAUCCGGGAUGAUGUUUUGGCUUUGUUGUCUUUGUUUUAGAAGAAUAGAUGUGGGUUCUGUGUACAUACUAAAUCAAUUCCCUUAUUUUUUAUAUGAUUUUGAGGCGUGAGUGACUUUCUU